UCAGGAACCAUGCCGAAACCACACAGCGAAGCAGGGACUGCCUUCAUUCAAACCCAGCAGCUGCAUGCAGCCAUGGCUGACACCUUCUUAGAACAUAUGUGCCGCCUGGACAUUGACUCCGCACCCAUCACAGCCUGCAACACUGGCAUCAUUUGUACCAUUGGUCCUGCUUCCCGGUCUGUGGAGAUGCUGAAGGAGAUGAUCAAGUCGGGAAUGAACGUGGCUCGUCUCAAUUUCUCUCAUGGAACUCAUGAGUACCAUGCAGAAACUAUCAAGAACGUGCGUGCAGCCACAGAAAGCUUCGCCUCUGAUCCCAUUCUUUACCGGCCUGUUGCUGUGGCUCUGGACACAAGGGGGCCUGAGAUCCGGACUGGACUCAUCAAAGGCAGCGGCACUGCAGAAGUGGAGCUAAAGAAGGGAGCUACCCUGAAGAUCACCCUGGACAACGCCUACAUGGAAAAGUGUGAUGAGAACACGCUGUGGCUGGACUAUAAGAACAUCUGUAAGGUGGUGGAAGUGGGCAGCAAGAUCUACGUAGAUGAUGGGCUCAUUUCACUACAAGUGAAGGAGAAAGGCGCUGACUUCCUGGUGACAGAGGUGGAGAAUGGUGGUUCCUUGGGCAGCAAGAAGGGGGUGAACCUCCCUGGAGCUGCUGUGGACCUCCCUGCUGUGUCAGAAAAGGACAUCCAGAACCUGAAGUUUGGGGUGGAGCAGGAUGUAGACAUGGUGUUUGCGUCUUUCAUCCGCAAGGCAGCCGAUGUGCACGAGGUUAGGAAGGUCCUGGGAGAGAAGGGCAAGAACAUCAAGAUCAUCAGCAAAAUCGAGAACCACGAAGGUGUCCGCAGGUUUGAUGAGAUUUUGGAGGCCAGUGAUGGGAUCAUGGUGGCUCAUGGUGACUUGGGCAUUGAGAUUCCCGCAGAGAAAGUCUUCCUGGCUCAGAAGAUGAUGAUUGGCCGAUGCAACCGCGCCAGGAAGCCAGUUAUCUGCUCCACACAGAUGCUGGAGAGCAUGAUCAAGAAGCCCCGCCCCACCCGUGCUGAGGGCAGUGAUGUGGCCAAUGCGGUCCUAGAUGGAGCAGACUGCAUCAUGCUGUCAGGAGAGACCGCCAAAGGGGACUAUCCUCUGGAGGCCGUUCGCAUGCAGCACCUGAUUGCCCGUGAGGCGGAGGCCACCAUCUACCACCUGCAGUUAUUCGAGGAACUCCACCGUCUGGCGCCUAUCACCAGGGACCCCACAGAAGCUGCUGCCGUGGGCACUGUGGAGGCCUCUUUCAAGUGCUGCAGUGGGGAAUUGAACUUCUAA